CUUUGUAAAACGUCACAGCUUGCUUCGCGAAAAGAACUUCUUUGUCUUCUACAACUUUUUCCCUUUUUCCUCACGUAUUGCCUCGUCUCCGCAUCACAAACAACGGAGCUUGUGCAAAUAUUUGUCACAAGGCUUCGGCUCUCACUCUCACAUCGACAGAGAUAUCGCCAGCGAAUCGUCGCGUCUUGUUCGUUUCAAUUCAAUACGUUACACAGUCGCACGAAUCUCGACCGCCCUACUCGCGCUUAUCGCUGCGUUGGUGUAGACCAUCUUCAGGUUGCGAUCACCAUCUGAAGGCAUUGCGCUUGACGGCUCAAGGCUUGGAUUAUCAUUCGCUGCAUCUCUGACCAGCUCUGGCCCCUUCCUCAACCACGAACUCGAUCACGUUCAGCAUUGAAGGUUGUGAAAUCACCAAACGGCUCUCACGAAUUCACAACUGCAACAAUCUGCGCUUCUGAUAGCACGGUUUAACAAAAAAUUAAAAUUAAAACCACAUACGAAAAAAGGGAGGAGCAAAAACCACAAAAACUACGAGCAAGACUACCCUCCAAAAAAAAACUAUCUACUAUCACUAUCUCGAAUCACCACCUACCACUAUGGCGCCUCGGGGUCGUCAGAAUACCAGCGCGCGCGAGACUCGCAAUGCGCGCAAGCUAGCUACCACCUCCAGAGGUGGAAUUCAGAAGCGCAAGGCUGGUCGUGUUGAUGGCGAUGGCGAUUUGGAUAUGGACAGUGCCGGUCGACGUGCUAAGAAGGCUACCACUGCCGAUGUCAAACCUACUCGGUCCAGUACUCGAACUUCAACACGUGGCGGCCCUUCCAAAAAUGCUCAAAAUGUGCUGAAGCAUUUGAGCAACGGCACCGCUGCAUCCCUUGCCUCUCGUAUUUCAAGUGCUUCCUCUGGCAAGGGUCCCAAGACUCGAUCCCAAGACAUGACAGGCCUGACGGUUCUACGAGUUGGUGGUUUGAAAGAAAGCAAAGCAGCCAGUAAUGCUGGAGGAGGUGUCAACGACCUCCUUGGCUUUAUGGAGAGAAAAGCUGGUUCAUUCAGAACUGGAUCGAAGCGAAAAGUCGCCAUAAAAAAGCACCAUACAGUCGGUGAUUACGUCUACAUAGGAGCGAGUGGGGAGGAUGCUUCCGAAUUAAUCAAGCUCAACACAUUCACCUUUGCUGGUGCGCCUUUGGAGGUUAUCGAAGUGGACGAAGUCCCGGACAGGGGCACGGCAAUCGAAUCCAAGUCUACUUUAGAGCUCCGUACCAAACUUCAGGAAAUUCUAAGUUCUCGGUACCUUGGCGCCAACAAGCUCCUCAAUCUGGAUGCCCUUGCUUCAGAUGCAAACCUUGUCACUUUGGGUAUGUUUGAGAGUCGAGAGCGUGCUCUGAAGACUUUCAGGGGACUCAUGGCUGUCUGCGAGAGUCUUUUCAAGACGGAUAAGGAGAAACAAGAUGCGAUCGAGAGCAUCAGUCUGGCAAACAAUAAUAUCGAUGAUGUUGGCCAGGUGGAAGUCGUUGCUACAACUUUUCCUCGUUUGAAAAAUCUCGACAUGAGUGGCAACCAGGUGGCUUCAAUGCAAGCACUACAACCAUGGAAGGGCAAGUUCAAGUACCUCGAAACUCUAUUCAUGACAGGGAAUCCCAUCGAAACCACAGAUCCGAGCUACCCAUCAACCCUUCUGGAAUGGUUUCCCAGGCUGCAGAACAUCAACGGGACCCAACUACGCACCCCGGAGCAGAUUGCUGAGCAGGAGGCAGCCCUCAGACCUAAGCCAAUUCCCCAGAACGGUCCGGACUUCAGGGAUGUUGGUGGUAUUGGCGAAAACUUCCUCUUGGAAUUUUUUGCGGCAUAUGACAGCGACCGACCUGGCCUCGCGUCAAGGCUAUACGACGAAGACAGUCGAUUUUCUAUAUCGGUUGACACACGAGCAGCUCCGGAUCCCAACGCUGCGGCACCCAUGUCUUGGGCUUCGUAUAUCAAGCUAUCGCGGAAUUUGACUAAAAUCACCAUGCCGAACCCUCGCAUCCAACGACUCUUCCGUGGCACUGCCAGCAUUCAAGAUGCUUGGAAGACCCUUCCCCUCACUCGACACCCUGAUAUCAAAGUGGAGAUCAACAAGUACAUCAUGGAUUGCCACCCUUUGCAGGGACUUGUCGACCCCAGCGGCCAAAGCUCCGGAGGCGUCGAUGGCUUGAUAGUGGCAGUGCACGGUGAGUUCGAGGAGCAAGACCCCAACACCAAUGCUACAGGAAAGCGAAGCUUCUCCCGUACGUUCGUCCUUGGACCCGGGAAGCCAGGGCAGGGGGUUAUCCGAGUCGUUAGCGACAUGCUGUCGCUUCGAACGUAUAGUCUACUCCCCAACGUGUUCGCAGCGCCUGCCUCAAUUCCUACUACGGCACCAGCCGAUCAACACCAAGCAAUGAUCACCGAGUUAUGCAAGCAAACGGGCAUGACACCCCAGUACUCCGAGAUGUGUCUUACUCAAGUGAAUUGGGAAUUCGACCAGGCUUUGGUGAUAUUCAACGAGAAGAAGGCGCAACUUCCAGCUGAGGCCUUUGCUACGAUGGUUGGCUCAUAGGAUGGCCGGCCAAGCAUCGAGGCUGUGGACCAAACUACGGCAGGACGAUACGGAAACACGCAGUGUGUUUAGGGUUCUCACAAGAAUGGGGAAAGAAUGGACAGUCAUAUCAAAAGGAGUGGGUAGAAAUUAGAUUAACAGCGAUUGUUUGCAGCACUGUUGGAGUUCAUUGGUCCAGGCGGAUAUUUGCAUCAUACAUGGUUAUAGGCGAUACUAUUUGAGAUUCGGGUCCAGGAAGACUUCUUUUUCUGGUGGGGAGAGGGAGGCAGUUUGCAUAAAUUAUAAUGAAAUACCGUCACGGAAUGAAGACGCUGUGUUUAUAUGUUCUCUUCAAUCUAACCAUCUACCAU